AUGCGCGAGGGAGGCGUCUUCGCCACGAGCGGAGCGCCCGCCCCCGAGCUUACAACCGCCGCACGAUCGAAUUGGACUGACGGUGCUCUAGGGAGCUACGCCGAGUUCAUGACUCUCUUCUCUAAGAAGGUCGCAGAGUCGACACGCCCUGGUCAACGGCAGGAUAUCGAGGAGGGCGACAACACAUUCCACUGCGUGGGACGGAGUGAAGGCAUCUGUGGCGUUAUCAUCUCGGACCACCAGUACCCGAGCCUAGUCGCUCACCAGCUGCUCUCCAAGAUCUCCUCCAGCGUUGACGAAUUCCUCACCAAGCACCCCCGCUCCACGUGGGCGACGGGCGAGCCCAAGCUCGUCCUCCCCGAGCUGAAGGAGUACCUCACCAAGUACCAAGACCCUCAGCAGGCCGAUUCCAUCCUCAAGAUCCAGAAGGAACUUGACGAGACCAAGAUCGUGUUGCACAAGACCAUCCAAAGCGUCCUGGAGCGUGGCGAGAAGAUUGAUGACCUGGUGGCCAAGAGUGACGGCCUGAGCUCCCAGAGCAAGAUGUUCUAUCAACAGGCAAAGAAGCAAAACUCGUGCUGCAGCGUCAUGUAA